AUGGAAGAGUUAGACGAUACCGGCGAGAAAUCAAGCUUCGUCGUCGGUCUCAUCGAGAACAGAGCUAAGGAGGUUGGAGUAGCUGCUCUUGACUUGAGGUCGGCAUCUCUUCAUCUUUCUCAAUACAUAGAGACCAGUCGCUCCUACCAGAAUACUAAAACAAUGCUGCAGUUUUAUGAUCCUAUGGUCAUUAUUGUUUCCCCGUAUAAGCUUGCGCCUGAUGGUAUGGUUGGCGUCUCUGAACUUGUUGAUAGGUUUUGUUCCUCAAUUAGAAAGGUCGUAAUGGCUCGAAGUUGCUUUGAUGACACGAGGGGAGCUGUGCUGGUAAAGAAUUUAGCUGCUGAAGAACCCUCAGCUCUUGGGUUGGAUACCUUCUCCAAACAAUAUUAUCUUUGCCUGGCUGCAGCUGCCGCAACUGUCAAAUGGACAGAAGCUGAAAAGGGGGUUAUCAUAACGAACAACUCAUUGCUGGUUACUUUCAAUGGAUCAUUUGACCACAUGAACAUUGAUGCUACCAGUGUCCAGAACUUAGAAAUCAUUGAGCCGAUGCAGUCCACUCUUUGUGGUACAAACAGCAAGAAAAGAAGUUUGUUCCAGAUGCUAAAGACCACCAAAAUAGUUGGAGGGACUAGACUUCUGAGGGCAAAUCUAUUACAACCUCUGAAGGAUAUUGAAACAAUAAAUGCUCGCCUUGACUGCCUGGAUGAAUUGAUGAGCAAUGAACAGCUGUUCUUUGGCUUGUCCCAGGCUCUGCGGAAGUUUCCAAAAGAGACAGAUAGAGUCCUCUGUCACUUUUGCUUCAAGCCAAAGAAAGUUACUAGUGGAGUGUUGGCCAUUGAUAGCUCAAGAAAGAGCCAAAUAUUAAUAUCAAGUAUUAUCCUACUGAAGACGGCACUUGAUGCAUUACCUCUACUCUCUAAGGUUCUUAAGGAUGCGAAGUGCUUUCUGCUUGGAAACAUUUACAAGACUGUUUGUGAAAAUGAAAAAUAUGCUUCCAUACGGACAAAAAUUGGAGAGGUGAUUGAUGAUGAUGUCCUCCACACACGCGCUCCUUUUGUUGCACGAACUCAGCAAUGUUUUGCGGUGAAGGCAGGAAUUGAUGGACUUUUGGAUAUGGCAAGGAGAUCUUUCUGUGACACAAGUGAAGCAAUACACAACCUUGCAAACAAGUACCGCGAAGAUUACAAGCUACCAAAUCUAAAGAUCCCAUUCAACAAUAGGCAAGGGUUCUACUUCAGCAUUCCACAAAAGGACAUCAAGGGAAAACUUCCAACCAAAUUCAUCCAGGUCGUGAAGCAUGGAAACAAUAUGCAUUGCUCCAGUUUAGAACUUGCCUCUUUAAACGUAAGGAACAAGUCUGCUGCAAAAGAAUGCUAUUUAAGGACAGAACAUUGUCUAGAAGCAUUAAUGGAGGCCAUACGCAAGGAUGUAUCUGCGCUUACUCUUCUUGCAGAAGUCUUAUGCCUCUUAGAUAUGAUAGUAAAUUCAUUUGCCAAUACAAUAUCAACUAAGCCUGUUGAUCGAUAUACUAGGCCUCAAUUUACAUAUGAUGGCCCUUUGGCAAUUGAUACUGGAAGGCACCCUAUCCUAGAAACUGUACAUAAUGACUUCAUCCCAAACAAUAUUUACCUUUCUGAAGCGUCAAAUAUGGUGAUUGUGAUGGGACCAAACAUGAGUGGGAAAAGUACAUAUCUUCAACAAGUUUGUCUGAUAAUAAUUCUUGCUCAAAUUGGUUGCUAUGUUCCUGCCCGCUUUGCUUCUGUGAGGAUAGUUGACCGUAUAUUCACAAGGAUGGGAACCAUGGACAACCUUGAAUCUAACUCUAGCACGUUUAUGAUGGAGAUGAAAGAGAUUGCCUUUAUCUUGCAGAAUGUCACUCCUAGGAGUUUGAUUGUUAUGGAUGAACUUGGGAGAUCAACCUCUUCCAGUGAUGGAUUCGCAAUUGCAUGGAGCUGUGCUGAGCAUCUAUUGGGGCUGAAAGCGUAUACAAUAUUUGCCACUCAUAUGGAGAACUUAUCAGAAUUGGCCACCAUUUAUCCAAACGUGAAGAUUCUUCAUUUUUUUGUCGACAUUAAAAACAACCGUAUGGAUUUUAAGUUUGAGCUAAAAGAUGGGAUGCGCCAUGUUCCACACUAUGGUCUCAUGCUAGCAGGAGUGGCAGGCUUACCCAGUUCUGUGAUAGAAACUGCUAGAAAUAUCACAUCUAAGAUUAUCGAGAAGGAAGUCCGGAGGAUGAGAGUAAAUCGGUUGCAGUAUCAGGACAUUCAAAUGGUUUACCGCGUUACUCAACAGUUGAUAUGCUUGAAAUUUUCGAACCAGGAUGAAGAAUCUAUUCGGGAAACAAUACAGAGUCUUAAGGAGAACUUUCUUAGUGGAAAACUCUAG